UGGCUGGCUGGCUCUCCCUCCGGCUCGGGCUGCGGCGCCGGCGGAGCGGACCCUGUCCCGGCGCGGCGGCGGCGGGCGGCCGGCGGCGGGCACUGCCUUGCGUGUGAGUGCACCUCACUCACAUGCAGCCCGCCCAGCAGCCCGAAGCCCGGGCCGCCCUGCUCCGCAGGGAUCACAGCCGACUCCCCCGACACGGGGCGCACGGGGGCCGGCCGGGCCGAGGGCAAGCGGGGCGCCCGGGCCAGGCGCGCGCCGGGCACCCCGAGGUGGCCGAGCCACCAUGCUGAAGAUGGCCAUGAGGAUCAAAGCCCGGGCGGCGGAGCGCGAGAGGAAGGCGGCGGCGGCGGCGGCGGCGGCCGGGGUGGCUGCCGAAGCUGCGGUGGCGGCUGCGGCGCUGGCGGGGCCGAGAGAGCCGCUCGCCCCGCGGAGGAGCGCGGACUCCGAGAGGACCCCGAAGAGCGCGGCGCGCGAGGCGGCCCCCGAGAGGCUCCUGACCGAAAAGGGGCGCAAGAAGCUGGAGAAGAAGCUGCUGGAGCAGCGGAGGAAGGAGGAGAGGAAACAGGAGAAGGAGAGGAAGAGGCUGGAGAAGAUGCAGAAGAAGAAGAAGAAGAAGAAGAAGGGGGCGCCCGGAGCCUCGGAGGGGGCCCACGGCUCGGAGGCCGCCGCCGCCGCCGCCGCCGACGAGGGCGCCGCGGAGGGCGCCGGCGGGGUCGACGAGGACGCCGGCGGCGCGGGCGCGAGUAGGGCCUGGGCCGCGUGGGCCGCGGACUCGGGCGACGAGGACGACGCCUACUACGCGGCGCCGCGUGUCGGGGGCGUCGUGUGGCGGCCCGGGCCGCUGAAGGCCGGCGCGCUCGGCGCCCACCCGCCCCUCGUGGUGUUCCUGGUCUUCUCCGUGCGCAGCCCCUCGUGGGUGCUCAACUUCCUGCUGCAGAGGCGCACGGAGCAGGGCCGCGGCUGCGGCUUCGUGUUCGGGGCGACCUGCUGCUUCCGAGCGUUUCUCGGCUGCGCCUUCUUCUCCUACUUGGGCGGCCGCGCUCGGCGCCGGAGGCGCGGGCGCGCGGGGACCCCGGGUGCCUUCAGCUCGGGCCGCGGCGGGCGCCGGGGGCGCGACGAGCGGCUCAUCUAGCCCAGCCCCGCGCCCCCCGCCCCCGCCCCCGGACACCAUCGCUGCGUAGUGUGGAGUUUUAUUCAGUAUUUGUGCGUGUGUGCGUGGACACAUUUUCCUUUUCGGUUGCUCUGCCCUUCGCUUCGUGCUCGCCUCGCUUUUUCCACACGCCCUGCUCCCCGGCUCUCUCCGUGUCUCUCUCUUCGGUUCGAAAAUUUU